GGAGAGGGAAGGAGAAAAAAAGCAGGAGACAGAAGAAACACACGGACACAGAUCUUUGUGCCGCGGCGAAUAGAACAGGAGCAAGUAGGAGAAAGAGGUGCAUCUUUCAUUUUUCUCUUUGGGGAUUUAAGCUUCUUGCAGUUUGGCUUCAAGGCUUGAAUAGGGUUUCCCUUCUUGUCAAACGUGGCUCCCUGCUCUGAAGACGGGACUUUGUUUUGAAACUGAGGGGGUGAAUAGAGGGGAGGUAGAGGGACACUUGCUUUUACAGCCUUUGGAGCCAACCUGCUUGACAGAUGGCACCGGCAAAAUAAUCUUUGACUCUAACCCAGGAACCACAUCUCUCUUCGCUCACUGAGGAAGUAACUUGGUGGAAACGGCAACAAGCUGGUGCACAGGACACGGACCUCAACAACUACAACAACCACAAGUGAGACCUACUGUGUGCUCCUCUCCCUCAGGGAUGCCAAAAUAAGAACCAAGUGAGAACAAUGCCGAAUUCUGCACCUAAGGGCUGACAUCUGGUGCCUUUCCCUUUAACAUGAACAGCAGCAGCUAAGGUACCUGCUCCUCCGACGCCUUGGACAGCAGCAUAGCUGCCUGACAGUCCCCUGGGAGGACCAGCAAGGGAGUUGUGUUACAGUCCCUGUCAGGCCUUAUGCAUGUUUCAUCCGCUGCUCUCAGAACAGAAGCCUCUUUUGUUAUCUAAUCUAGCCCUCUUCUUCUCAGCCUGAGUUUAUUGCAACAAGACUGUUCUUCACAGACUGUCAACCAGACGCCAAGCUGAUACAUAUUCAGCAGCUUAGAGCAAGAAGAGGACUUUGUUAGGCGUAAGAUAUCUGGACCUGUUUUAUAAUCCCUGGGUAGCGCUUAGAAAGGACCUGAAAUAUCAAGAGUGAUGUUAGAACCAAAAUCAGACUUUAUGCUACAAAACUAAACAAUCCAGAGAAUUUUGUUUUGGGCUUUUUGAGUUUUAGAAGACUUGGAGCCAUGAGUGACACACUGCGACCUCCGUCACUCCAGGUGAGUGUCCCAAAAGAUGCCCCGGCUUACUCUGAUGGAGGAAACAAUGCUGUGUCAGACGGUUCUGUGCGAUCCAGCUCCUCGACCCCAACUCUCCGCCGCAAGCGCUUCAAGAUGCGUCGCAUGAGGAAUGUGCCAAGUGAGAGGGAGAACCCAAGAGCCCGGCUGACCAAUGUUCAGCUCACAGCCAGAUCCCGAUCCAGCUCCAAGGAGUACCUCCAGUUGCCUUCAAUUGAAAUCACUCCCUCCAGCGAUGAAGAUGCCCCAUCUUCCUGGUCAAGCUGUUCUACUCCCAGUGCUUCUCCACGCCGCAGACGUUUUCUUUUGAGGAGGUGGCUGAAGGUCAGAGAGAAGAAGGAGCAAGGCAGUGAAAGCAGCAGCCAGCAAAGCAGUCAGCAGAGCAGCCUGCAGAGCAGCCAUGAAGAUGAAAGCACUCGCUUCUUGACACCACAGAUCCGAGAGGAGAGGUCUGACAGUGCAGCGGACAAAAUAAGCACUGCCAGUAACUCAAAUAAGAGCUCGCCCACCUGCUCACCAGUCCUGCGUAAACGUUCGCGCUCUCCAACACCACAGACCCAGGAGGGUGAGAACAUGGUGGAGAAGGGUUCAGACCACUCCUCCGACAAGUCUCCCUCCACACCUGAGCAGGUCGUCCAGAGAACAUACUCUGUGCAGUCGGCGCGUAGCGGCGGAAAGAACUCCAAGUCUCACAAGCGACUUUCCAAAUAUGACAGACUUAAUCUGAUUAAAAAGAGCCAAAGCUGGUACAAUCAUGAAAGGCAGCACAUCAUGAGAGUGCUGAGCCCAACAUACAAGCAGCGCAAUGAGGACUUCAGGAAACUCUUCAAGCAGCUCCCUGACACAGAGAGGCUCAUUGUGGACUACUCCUGUGCUCUUCAGCGGGACAUCCUCCUCCAGGGACGGCUCUACCUCUCCGAGAACUGGAUCUGUUUCUAUAGCAACAUCUUCCGCUGGGAAACUCUCCUGACAGUGCGGCUAAAGGACAUCUCCUCGAUGACGAAAGAGAAGACGGCUCGUCUGAUUCCCAAUGCAAUCCAGGUCUGCACAGACAAUGAGAAGCACUUCUUUACCUCAUUUGGAGCCAGAGACAGGACGUACAUGAUGAUGUUCAGACUCUGGCAGAAUGCCCUGCUUGAAAAGCCCCUGUGCCCCAAAGAACUUUGGCACUUUGUCCAUCAAUGCUACGGCAACGAGCUGGGCCUAACAAGUGAUGAUGAGGACUAUGUCCCUCCUGAUGACGACUUCAACACCAUGGGGUUCAGCGAGGAGAUUCCCAAUGAAGAGAACGAGAUAAACAAUGACAACUUGACAAAGAACAGCACAGACGCCAAGCCUGAGGGGAGUCCUCCUUUACUGCACAAGAAAGUUAUCCCAAAUAACUCCCUUCCAAGCCCAGGAAACCAUGAAACAACCAUUACUUUUGAACUCCCUGCUGAGGAAUUUGCAGACUGUCUACCGGAUGGUGAGCUGCUCACAGUGCCCCUAGUGGUAGAGGAUAAGAACGACACCAGCGGGCCUGGUGGUCCUGUUCCCUCACCUUCGCUGGACUUUAAUGAUAACGAAGACAUCCCCACUGAGCUCAGCGACUCUUCAGAGACCCAUGACGAGGGUGAGGUGCAGGCCUUCCAUGAAGACCUAAAUGGCAGACAACAUAUCAACGAAGUGUACAAGUUCAGUGUGGACAAGCUCUAUGACAUCCUCUUCACAGAGUCUCAGUUUAUGAGUGACUUCAUGGAACAGAGGCGUUUCUCAGAUAUCGUGUACCACCCAUGGAAGAAGGAGGAUGCAGGAAACCAGUCAAGGGUUAUCAUGUACACCAUCUCUCUGUCUAACCCUUUGGCACCAAAAACAGCCACAGUCACAGAGACGCAGACUCUGUACAAAGCCAGUCAGGAGAGUGAGUGCUACAUCAUCGACGCCGAGGUGAUCACGCAUAACGUGCCCUACCAUGAUUACUUCUACACGCUGAACCGCUACAUGCUCACACGGGUGGCUAAGAAUAAAUGCCGGUUACGGGUUUCAACAGAGCUGCGGUACAGGAAGCAGCCAUGGGGGCUGGUCAAAGGUUUCAUUGAGAAAAACUUCUGGAGUGGACUUGAAGAGAACUUCCGCCAACUGGAGGUGGAGCUGUCCAAGCUGGAGGAGCUGAUGGAGACCCACCAGCUGUCUCCGAAGGCAAAGGUGGUGAAGAAUGCUACGGUGAGGCGGAAGAAGAGGCCCCUUCCCCACAUGCGCAGCCAACACCUGGAUGAGGCCCUCAGCCCUGUUACCACGCCGACAGACGAGGAAGUGAUUCAGAGAAUCAAACAUGUGGUGGGCUCCACGCAGACCAGGCACCAAAGUCCAGAACACCAUCACCUGCCAGGAGGCCUCGCUCUGUACAGUGUCUCCAAACUGCUGCUUAUCAUCAGCUUUGUGAUCUGUCUCAGCUUGGUCCUCCUGGUGUUCCUCAACAUGAUGCUCUUCUACAAGCUUUGGAUGCUCGAGUACUCUGCACAGUCCUUAACAACAUGGCAAAGUCUGCGGCUUCAGGAGAGUAAGCUGCCUCAGACCCAAAUGGAGUGGGCUCAGCUCCUGGAGGCGCAGCAGCGUUACCACGACGCCGAACUGCAGAAGUGGAGAGACAUCAUAAAGUCGUCAGUAGUGCUGCUGGACCAGAUGAAAGACUCUUUAUUAAACCUCCAGCGAGGCAUUGGUUUGAGAGACUACAGCUCUGGGACCGAGGAGAAGAAAAGUCGUUAUCACUGACACACCACCACAAGGCCAUGAGGGCAUGCCGUGCAAUACAAGGACCUGUUUUGUUUGUCAAGUGGAAUGAAGACAGCAGCAGCAGGACAGGGGCAGGGAGGGAGGCGGGACCAACAGUGAGCGGGUCCAAAGUCACAAAGGAAGGGAUGGUAGUGGUUUCCCAAGCAUGGAAGUUAAAGUGCCCCAGAGAGGGGAGCACUGGAGGUAUCCCUGUUAUCUCUGAGGCACCAUAAGAAGAGGCGAGACUUUCUCGCUCUUAACACCAGUAGGGAAACUGUUCUCUUCUCCUCUUUUUUUAUUUUUAUGUGCAUCCUACUGUAAGCCAUGUGAACCGGAGAGUCUCCGAGAUAAAGAAGGAACUACUGCAUGCAUGUAGACAACCAUAGUCCUCAGUCAGUGUUAAUAUGGUCCAGGUCCAGUCUAUGUAUGUCAGAAAAAAAAAAAAAGAAUAGAAAAAGAGAGACCCAGAGUCCUAAACUCUCUUGACUGUUCCAAAAAUGAAUCGUCCCUUCGGAGUCCACGCUGUAGCGUCCCUUUAACGAAGCCCCCAGCUGAUCCGAGCGCAGGUUUAAUGAAACAGAACUGGUGUUAGAACCGGGAGUCGAGCUUUACUGAUCCCUCCCUGUUGCCUUGUUUAAACCUGGCCUGUAUGGAUCCUGUCAGGGCUGGCUCCCUGUCAGACCAACAUGUCAAAAUGUUCAUCUGUGGAAUACUAAGAUUCCACUUUGUCUUAUCAGCAGAACCAGUCAGCUGGUUACUAACUACAACUUUGCAUUAUAUCUCCUCCUGAUGAAGUGGAAUGUAUUAGCCUAUUAGGACUUGGUCAGAUGUUUAAUACGUCUUCUAACAAUUAAAUUGGGGACUCUGCAGCCAGGCCAGUAGGAAGAUCUUAUGUUUUAUUACUAAACUGUGAUGAAAUCUCUUUAUAGAUGUUUCAAAUUGCAAAGGAUUCUAUGAAUAUAUUUGAAAUAUAUAAGAAUAUUUCAUUAUUUAUUAUAUAUAUUUCAAUAUAAGCAUAUAUAAAUACAUGAGCUAUAUUUAUUGUUAAUUUAUGUACAAACUGAAAUUCUCAGCGCUCGAGACAAGUUAGAGUUUCUAAUGAAAAGUGUUUUCUUCUAAGAAAUGCAUGCCAGAUAUGUCUGUGACAUGUCCAGUGUGCAAGUAUGACUCUGCAUUUGCGCAAUUAUAUUUGCGCUCUUUCGUUUGGGUGUGUAUGGGUGGGUGUCUGUGUGUGAGAGAAUGAGAGAGAGUGGGUUCCGUGUGCGUGCUUACACAUGUGUGCUGGAAAGUGUGACAUUUUUACCAUUCCACACUCAUAUGUCUCUUACUUUUACUCCUUUUAUUUCUGGCUCUCUGCAGCCGGACUGCCUUUUUUUUUUUUUCUGCUUAUGCAUUUUGGGUGUCGCCUUUCAUUAUAGUCCCACAUUGGUGCAGUUUACAGUACGAAGAGUUUUGUUCCAAAGUGAUUCAGAUUCAUGUGACGAAAAAAUGAAUCCCUGCUUCCAUAAAGUGAUUGGUUGCAAAAGUAAACACAUUAUUUAAAGUGUUUCUUAGAAGAAGGUCACAGUUGUACAAAAACUUUUGAUUUGACAUCUGUGGGCGAGUCCUUCGCUCAUGUUACCACUUCAGUACAUUAGCCUGAUCUCUAUUGGUUAAAUACAGACCUUUAGACAUCUUGACAAAGGCCAGUGAUGAUUUGCACCAAUUCUGUGUCUGUAAAAGUUAUUUAGAGAAUAGAAAAACAAGACAAAUCAUAGAAAACUUGACAUCUCUAAAUUUAAGUUCUAACUAAUAAAAAAAUAAUGCAUGUAGUUUUAAUAUUGUUUCUCAAAAUGUCAAAAUAUCCCUUUAAAUUUUGAUUAUUGUAAUUCUUUCCAUUCACAGUGUCUUUCUAGGUGCAAUAAAAGCAUGAAACACAACUUACUGAACCAAAAGUUAAGAUUAGAAUUGCACCAUCACACUUUCUCACAUCGUUUUGAAUGGAGUUUUUCAUCAUGUAGCUAUAUAUAUAUAUAUAUAUAUAUAUAUAUAUAUAUAUAUAUAUAUAUAAACAUACACUUAUAUGUAUGUAAGGAAUGAGAUGCAUUGUUUCAGAGUUUCUUAAAAAAGGUCCCAGUACUGCACUUUCAAGGAUUUGGAACGAAAGUUAUUCCUUCUCAUAAAGUAAAGCGCUUUAAGGCCUUUUCAGGUAGAGAAUGACAUAACUUAAUGGUUUGGUUUUGAGAUGAAUGUAGAGGAAAUGCCACAGUGGAGAUUUAUAACUUCCAAAAUCCUUCGAAGUGUUUGAAACUGGGAUCUAUACUCAACACAUCCUGUGUAAAAAUUAGGAUUUCAUCUCUAUUUUCAUGAUAAAGCAGGAAAAGGUGAAUUUUGAAUUCUGCUCUACAGUAUGUUAUGAUUAAACAAGGAGAGAAGUUUAAGGGCUGGAUAUCUGAUGUGUUUACUGUAUCUUUAAAGAAGGCACAGAGUCAUGAUAACAGAGAGGGAUAUAAAAGUCUGAAUGUUUAAAAUGAUGUACUUUGUUCACUUUUAAAAUGGUGAUUACAGAGAAGCUGUGCUUCAUGUAAGUAAUGGUGAAAGAAUGUCAUGUUUUCCUCAAUGGAGAUAUGACUGAAAUGCUUUAAAGGUAUGCUUUUAAGAGUUUUCACUCAAGCUGGUGUUUUUCAUUUAAAAAGUUGAAUAUUAUCAGAUAGGCAUGGGCCAGGUUGACACUCAUGUUUCAUAACAUUGAUAUCAGAAUUUUGCAUUUACAGUACCAUGGUAUUUACUCAAACAAGUGAAAACAAAUUCAUAUGAUUUUAUUUAUCUUAAUUACGGUAAAGUGAAAAGGAAAAAAUUAACUGCUAAAUUAUAAUGCUUAAUAUUAUUACAGUUAUAAUAAUGUUGUCCUUAACUUUAUUUAUUUUAGACUAGCAAAAAUACAGAUUAAACAUGCAAAAUAUAGUGGUAUGUUUUAAAUUAAACAAGCUGAUUGCCUGGAGUUUGAAACUUUUUUUCUGUUGAGAUAAUAGAGCAACACAUCAAUAGAAAUAUUAUAUUAAUCAGUUGUAUUAAUUGGUAAGUUGGUGGAGCUACCUAACCUGUAGGGCGACCUGCACUCAGAUGCUUAACCAAAAUGUCACAUGUAGCCUGUUGAUUACAGCCUUUAUAAAAUUAUUGUCAAAAGCAUGACAAGUGGAGCUCCUCGGGUUUCCACAUUGGUUGUCUGCAAGUUUAAAUUGGUCUUGAUAAUUGAGUGAGAUAAAUGUCCAGUAACCUUUGUUUAGCCACCUGACCAGCAGUGCACAAUAAACAGGUGGCGAAAUGGCACCAUUUAAUCCAAAUCUUAUGCUUAACCCAGGAGAUGUUUUUGGCAUCUCCUAAAAAAAAAUAUUUUAAACUGCAGGAAUAAUAUGAUGGAGGGUUCUAGCUGUUUCAAAACAGUACAUUUUUAAAACCAUGGUACACUUUGAUUUACGUAACCUGUCCAUGCCUAUUCUAAGAGCUUGAUUUUGAUAUAGAAAACUAUAAGGAUGUAUUUGCAACAUGUCCACAGUUAUGCAAAAUUUGUCUUGCACAAAUCCAAAUAACAAUCAAUCCCAGUUUGCUUUCAGUCUCUCUUUUCUAGCUUGCACUCGCACAGUUAACCUGUGUCAAAUGAAUGAUUGUAUGGUUGCUGCUGUGUAACACAAGUGGCCAGAGUUAGUUCUUCUGUUUUUCUUUUUAGUUUUCAUCACAGAUAACUAACAGAUUGUGUGGUUUGACCUCUUUAAAAAAAACGACCACUGAUCAACACUCCUGGGAAAACGCUCUUCUUCAAGUGUGUCUUGAGAAAACAUGCUCUGCUGUAUUUUUUUAAAGCGAUUCUACUGUAUUAUUGUCUUUUUGUUUUUUUUUUAUUUUAGAAUAUAUUUUCAUCUCUAGACUAUUAGUGAGAUGCAUACACAAGAUGAAUAUACUGCAAGUAUAUGUUGUGUAUAUCUGCGGUGUGGACACAAUCACACCGACAAAAGAAUCGGGCCUGCGCUGCGCGUGGGUUUUACUUGCUGAUGACUUUGCCUCAUAGAAACCGAAAACAGAAGUGGCUUUCUGGUUCAUGUGAAGUAGAGACUGGAAGUAUGAAUAAAGAUUUUUAAACAUCCAAA